AUGAAGUCCAACGAGAAAUCUGGUGGACACAGUAAUAGUCUGGUCAAAUCUAGUAGAUCAUCUUCAAAGCGGAAUGAUUUUGAUCAGAAGAAGAAGAAAGAGGAAGAGCAUACACAGCAAGUGUUUGAGGAGUUUGUCGCCACUUUUGAGGAGCCUUCUAAAUCCCGAGCGUGGGUUAAGGGUGGUGUCGUCAAUCCGUCUUCAGGUUCCUCAGAGGAUACGAAGGGGACUAGCCGCAUAUACAGACCUGUCUCGAAGUUGGAUUCUAGAUUAAAUAAAGCUGAGGAACAAAAUAAAGCAGAUUUCAAGAAAUCCACUGAAAAGCCUCCAGCUCUCGGCAAGCGCAAAGGACAAGAACAAAAAAAAUCUAAACUAGAACAGUUCAAAGAGGAGCUCAAAUUGAUUCAACAACAGAGAGAGCAAAGACAUGCAUUAAGACAAGGCAGAAAUCAACUCUCUACACAGUCUGAGCUAGAUCUCUCCGAUGUUGGUAUGCGUAAUCGGGAAUAUCGGAGGGGUUCUUCGAAUAAUCAGGGUGGAGAUUCAGGCAUGGGUUUUCACAACACAGUGUCGACACCACCGAGCUUUUAUUCUAAACGCAGCCAAAAUGAUCGUCAUGAUGUUGAUUACCCAUAUGAUUACGAUGGUGAUAGAACAACGACAAAUCUUUUUCUUGGGAAUCUAAACCCUAAAAUGACGGAGCAACAGCUGUGUGAGGCUUUCGGUCGUUAUGGUCCUCUUGCAAGUGUCAAAAUAAUGUGGCCUAGGACAGAAGAAGAACGUUCAAGAGGAAGAAACUGUGGAUUUGUUGCUUUCAUGAAUAGAAAAGAUGGCGAACGAGCCCUCGACAACAUUAGAGGAAAAGAACUUAUGGGAUUUGAAAUGAAAUUAGGUUGGGGGAAAAGCGUCCCGAUCCCUUUAUACCCAGUUUACAUUCCUCCGGCAUUGCUUGAGUUGGUUAAACCACCUCCUCCAAGUGGACUACCAUUCAAUGCCCAACCUAGAGAGUGGUUGAAGUCAUUUCGCUUGGCGAUCAAGGAGCGAGCUAAACUUGUAACUGAUGGUGCAGACGGUGACAGCGCGCCACCACCCCCAGCUCCAGACCGAAAGCCAUACGAUAUAAAUAAAAUGUCGAGUGAAGAACUUACUGAAGUUCUCCGUGAAGCGGUGGUUAAGGUCGUUAUGCCAAGUGAUAGAUCCAUACUUGCUCUGAUUCAUCGCAUGAUUGAAUUUGUCGUUCUUGAAGGUCCUCAAUUCGAGGCCGCGGUUAUGCACCGGGAAGCAAAUAAUCCUAUGUUUAAAUUCCUUUUUGAUUAUCAGUCUUCGGAUCAUGUAUACUAUCGCUGGAAGUUAUGGUCUGUUCUACAUGGCGAAAGUGUAACCAAAUGGCGUACAGAAGAAUUUCGAAUGUUUGAAGGUGGUCCGCUUUGGCGUCCCCCUCCUGUUAAUUUAUUCUCUGGUGAUAAUCAAUUUCAUUUUAUUAUUUCUGUAUCUAGUUUUGAAACUUGCUUACCAGAUAUGUUCAAAAACCUGAAUUUACAUUAUAAAAAUGUAGAGGGGAAACUUAAAGCUGAACAAUUGAAGCAAAAAGUCAUGCUUUGUUUCCGUGCUUGCAGAAUAUAUUCUUGGGCUGGUUCGGAGACUGUUGACUAUGAAGCCGACCUGUCGGGUAUUCCAUUAAAUUUGAUUGAAGAUGAGCAAAAUCAAGAUUUGGCAAAAAAAAUAGGAUUUUUAAAUCCGGAUGUCGAGGUUCUAGAAAGCCAACCAUUAGUUCAAUAUGAUGGAGAUCCCUUGGAUGUUGAUGGUAGUCCUUUAGAUAAUGAAGAUGAUCGGUCUCCUUCACCAGUUCGACCUAAGAAUUCUCAGCUCAGUGCAACUACAACGGAGGAUGAAGUAAAACUAUCUGGGGAUACUUCUAAUCGUUUAUUUGUUCCAAGCAAAUGGGAAACUGUUGAAGCUACUGAACCAGAGGCAUUAACAGUCGCAAGUAUAUGGGAAUCCACCUCUGUUUUAGAUACGAAAAAAGACCAAACUAUCUCCAAGUCCAGUGACAACAUGCAGAAUACACCUAGUCACCUUCAAAACCAGCCGAAUGGUUUAAAUAAGGGGGCGUUUCUUCCUUCUGAAGUUGUUAAUGGAAUCCCACUUGAUACAAGUCGAUGGAGUAACAAUGCUUCAACAAAUAAAGUAGACGACGAUGUAGACGGAGAACCAUUACCCAUUUUAGGAGGACUUGUGGCUUAUGAUGACGAAGAUGCUGCCAGUCCAGGUGCGAGCGAAUCUAGUUUUUCACCUGUACCAGUUUCUCAAAUUCCUUGUCCAACUCCCGUAACUUCCGCGACUUCUCACGUUUCUUCAACACCUAGUAGUACUUCGACAACGACACCUGUUUCUGAAGAGCGUCGCGCUAUCUUAAGAGAAGUAGAACUCAAGGUAUUAAAGUAUCAAGAUGAGUUGGAGGCAAGUCGUAAAGGAGAUAAAACAAUUACGGAUGAAGCUAUAAACAAGCAAAUUCAACGUUACAGAGAACGCCUUUUAGAAAGCCUUGUAGAAAAUGAACAUUCUGUACAUAAAAAAGGACAUAAAUCUGUUCAUCGCAACAAAUCCAAACCAUCCAAAAGUGCUAAGGAGAAAAGUGGUCUGACACCUCAUCAAUCGAAAUAUCAGUCGCGAGGUCGUGAUAUGUCAUCUUCCCCUACACGAAGGAAUUCAAGGGAUCGUUCACCUCCGCGUUCAUUCCGUGAUCGUGAUCGCCCUCGCCGACGUCAUGCUUCUCCUUCUGGGAGCCUGGGUCCUGGAGACUGGAGUACUUAUAAUAGCCCUUCUAUGCGAAUGGACUCACGAAACUCCAGCGAACGUCGGAGGACAUCUGCUUCCGCUUGGGAGCCUGACUCGACAGAAGAUGAAAUUAACUACUCAACACAUUUAGAAGAUGUGGAAGAAGGAGAAGCCACCGAGGAUGAUGACGCGGCGGCAUUUACUUCAAAUCAGUCCCAUUCCAUUACUCCGAAGAAAAAACAUGUUCCACAUAAAUCGAGUCGCAAACGACACCGUUCACGAAGUCCGGACCCAGUAGCAGCCCACAAUCGACAUUCGCAUCGUUCUCGGACUCCGUCACCAUCCAGAAAAAAGGUACAUUCGUCAGACUCAGCCUCCAGAAGCUUAAAGCGGAAAUAA